AUGAAGUUUUUUAUUUUUGCUAUAGCAACAUUUACACUUGUAAAUGGAGAUGCGGAUUAUGCGUUUGGUGUUGAUGUAGAGAAUGCCACUAAAGUUAAAGUGGAGCUGUCGCAAGGCACAAUUCAAGGUUACGAGCUAAAGACAGAUCUUGGGACUGCUAAUGUUUUUAAGGUAUUGUUUUUUAGCUUUGAAGUUUAUAUUAAAGUAAAGCCGAGCUUCACCUAGGUCAUGGAUAUGCUAGGCUUAUUUUUGAAAAUUUGUAAAAUCUUUGUUUACAAGACUUUUUUUCGCUUUCAACUCUUUCUUCUUUAUCCAACAUCCUAAAAACCACCUUACAUGAUGGAAUAGCCAUGCCUUAUCUUAUUCUUACAAAGAUUUGACAAAAUCACAGCAAUCCCGUGCUACAUCACGAGAGGGUCAAAACUUAAUUCUCACUUUUUACACCGCAAAAAAAUUUUUUCAAUAAAAGCAAAUGCCACCAACCGAUUGAAACUUUGUUAUAUCAAGACAGUCUCCAGUACUUUAUGAGUAUAUAUACCAAGUUUGGUCCCGAUCGAUUCACUUAUAGCCAAUUUAGAUGGGGGGUCAAAAGUUUCUGUCUUCAGUACAGCUCUAGCUUACUUUAAGUUAUUUAAAGCCCAAGCCUUCUCUGCCUCAUUAUACUUUACCUUACCCUAUCAUGCCCUACCAUAUUUUACCGUAAACAGCUGUACCGACCAUUAUCUAGCUCUGUCAAAAAAUCAACUUUUCCCCUCACCCACCGCAUGGUCUUCAACACACCCACCCUGCUCUGUAACUUAAUUUUAAAACGUUGGAACGUUUGAUACUAAUAGCUUGAAGAGAUCAUGCUUUAGAAAGUCCCAUACAUCGAGCCGCCAGUAGGCGAGCUUCGCUUCCACGCCCCAGUACCAGCCAAGUUUUGGAAUGGGGUUUUGGAUGCGACGAAACCGGCCCCGGCUUGUCCACAAAACUACACCAAGAUGUCCAAUUACACAUUGAAAUACGUUCAAGAACAAAGCGAAGACUGUGUGUAUCUUAAUGUUUACGCUGGUCAGCAAUGUAAUGUAAGGUUUUCUUAUAGGAUAGUUAUUGUUUUCUUUAAAAAAAGGUUAGGGUAGCUCUAGGUAGGCGGGUAGGGGUAGGGGUAAAAGUAGGGGUAGGGUUAGAGGUAGGGGUAGAAGUAGGGGUAGGGGUAGGGGUAGGGGUGGGGGUAGGGGUAGGGGUAGGGGUAGGGGUAGGGGUAGGGGUAGGGGUAGGGAUAGGGGUAGGGUACGGGUAGGGGUAGGGGUAGGGGUAGGGGUAGGAGUAGGGGUAGGGGUAGGGGUAGGGGUAGAGGUAGGGGUAGGGGUAGGGGUAGGGGGUAGGGGUAGGGGUAGGGGGUAGGGGGUAAGGGGUAGGGGGUAGGGGUAGGGGAGGGGUAGGGGGUAGGGGGUAGGGGUAGGGGGGUAGGGGUAGGGGUAGGGGUAGGGGGUAGGGGUAGGGGUAGGGGUAGGGGGUAGGGGUAGGGGUAGGGGGUAGGGGAGUAGGGGGUAGGGGUAGGGGGUAGGGGGUAGGGGGUAGGGGUAGGGGUAGGGGUAGGGGGUAGGGGUAGGGGUAGGGGUAGGGGGUAGGGGGGUAGGGGGUAGGGGUAGGGGUAGGGGGUAGGGGUAGGGGUAGGGGUAGGGGUAGGGGUAGGGGGUAGGGGGUAGGGGUAGGGGGUAGGGAUAGGGGUAGGGUACGGGUAGAGGUAGGGGGUAGGGGUAGGGUAGGGGUAGGAGUAGGGGUAGGGGUAGGGGUAGGGGUAGGGGUAGGGGGUAGGGGGUAGGGGAGUAGGGGGUAGGGGUAGGGGUAGGGGGAGUAGGGGUAGGGGUAGGGGUAGGGGUAGGGGUGGGGGGUAGGGAUAGGGGGGUAGGGUACGGGUAGAGGUAGGGGUAGGAGUAGGGGUAGGGGUAGGGGUAGGGGUAGGGGUAGGGGUAGGGGUAGGGGUAAGGGUAGGGGUAGGGGUAGGGGUAGGGGGGUAGGGGUAGGGGGUAGGGGUAGGGGUAGGGAUAGGGGUAGGGUACGGGUAGAGGGUAGGGGUAGGGGUAGGGUAGGGGUAGGGGUAGGGGUAGGGGGUAGGGGUAGGGGUAGGGGUAGGGGUAGGGGUAGGGGUAGGGGUAGGGGUAGGGGGGUAGGGGUAGGGGGUAGGGGUAGGGGGUAGGGGGGUAGGGGUAGGGGUAGGGGUAGGGGGUAGGGGUAGGGGUAGGGGUAGGGGUAGGGGUAGGGGUAGGGGUAGGGGUAGGGGUAGGGGUAGGGGUAGGGGUAGGGGUAGGGAGUAGGGGUAGGGGUAGGGGUAGGGGUAGGGGUAGGGGUAGGGGGUAGGGGUAGGGGUAGGGGUAGGGGUAGGGGUAGAGGUAGGGGGUAGGGGUAGGGGUAGGGGUAGGGGUAGGGGUAAACGUAGGAGUAGGGGUAAAACUACGAAUGAGCGUUGAAAUAGUCGUAUUUUACAGAAACAAAUCAUUUUAGGCCGACAAUCCCUGCACAGUAGUGUUUUACAUUCACGGUGGAGAAGAUCAGUACGGAACGCCGCGCGAGUUCAAUGAUGUUGAGAUUGUGCGCCAUUUCGCUGGGAAAGGCAUUGUUUGGGUAUUACCUUCGUUCAGGCUAGGCAUUUUGGGGUGGAUGGAUAUUGGCCCUCAGAAGUGGCCUGAUGCUCCUUAUAACGCUGGAUUAUUGGGUGGGUUUUUUGAAUAUUGUUUUGUGAGGAGGAGGAACAGAGAGGAGGGUGGGGGGGGAGCAAUGAAAAAAUUUUAUGAAAAAAAAUGGAAAAAGUUCAGCAGAAUCCCCCCCCGCCUUGAUCCAAAAAAAAUUCCGUAACCAUCCCCCCUCCCCCCCCAUUAAGAACACCCGCCCCCACAAAAAAAAACCCCGCCCACAAAAAAAAUUACUUUUCUUACCCCGCCCCAUGGAAAAAAAAUAUCCUCCCCUCUCGCACAUAACGAUAACUCCUGACAAUUCCAAACUAACCCUGUUUUAGAUAUAAUCCAAGCCUUCCGUUGGACCCAACGUGAGAUAUCGGCCUUUGGAGGUAACACUCGCGACAUUGUUUUGUUUGGUCAUAGCAGUGGUGGCCAUUUAGGUUCGGCUCUACUUUCAAGUGUAGCGAUUGAACCGAGAGCAUUCAGUCGAGCUAUACUUUUUAGUCCAGGAAGUAUCGCACAUGCUCAUUUGAAUCGACCUAGAAGUCAGUAUAUACUGGAAGAAGUUGGGGUAGGUUUGGCUACUUUAUCGUAUCCUACAGUAAUUAUAAUUCCUUACAUUAACCUGUCUUAUUUUGCAGUAUCCUACCGUACCUUACCCUAUCCUACCCUACUCUACCCUACCCUAUCCUGCCCUACUCUACCCUGCCUUACCCUACCCUACCACAACCUACCCUACCUUGCCUUAUCCUACCUUCUUAGAGAAUACAGUACCCUUCCUUAUUCUACUCAACCUCUUGCUUUGUCCUACCUAAGUAAGAAAUGCAGUAUCUACUCUACCGUAUUCCUUGCCUACCAUGCCCCAAGGCUAGCCCAGAGACAUCCUACCCAAGCCCUAGCUUAAUCUUUACAUAGACGGCAAAUCCUACAGUAUCCAAAAAGCCCUACCAUAUCCAAACAUACGAUCUCACCUCACUACAUUACAAUAUACCAAAACUUAAUCUUCACUAUUUCUAGUGUUACCUAGAUGACAAACUGAACCCCCUAAACUUCACAGCUAGACUGGACUGCAUGCGAAAAGUACCAGUCGAACAACUAAUCAAUGCCGGUGUACCACUUGAGAAUCAACGACCUAAUGGGUAUAGUGGUGCUCAACCUGACGGCUAUACCUACCUUGAACCUACAGUUAAGGGAUUUGAAGAAAGAUGGCAUGUAAGUUAGAGAACGAUUGUAUUUUUUUGCUUUGUAAAGAAAGUUCUUGCUAUUUUUUGAUUUGUAAAGAAAGUUCUUGCCAUUUAUUAUUUUAUAAAGAAAGUUCUUGCCAUUUUGUGUUUUGUAAAGAAAGUUCUUGCCGUUUUUUGUUUUUUAAAGACAGUUCUUGCCAUUUUUUUUUCAUUGUAAAGAAAGUUCUUGCCAUUUAUUUCUCUUUUUACUUCCACAGCCUGCAGGUAACAUGUUAUACGACAAAUAACAUUUUUAUUGCUUUGAUGUCUUAUAUUAUACAAACCUACAUUAAACUACAUUUUUAGCCCCUCCCCCUCCUAAUAGGCGUAUCAACCCAAGAAAACGACCUAGACGUCGGUUACAAUGACACAGACGUCUGUCUACACUACGUCAACCUCCUCUGUCCCCACCGUCAAGACGAAUGUGCUCAAAAGUGUAGAGAACGUUACAGUAAGCACCGCGACCUACCUAUCAGUGCCUCCUUCGUACACGCAUUUUCAUGGAUAUUAGGACUGGUGAACACGAACAAAGGUGCACCAACCUGGUACCAAGUUUGGGACCAGUACCAUGCUAAUGCUCAUGCUGACGAACUUAUCUUUGCCUUUGGGUUGAAUGCUGAAGAAGGGUUUCAUAGGAAGAACGUUGGGCAUCAGAUUAUGAAGAAGUUUUUCCCCAGAUUGUUGAGGAACUUCAUUUUGAAGGAAGAGCUGAUUGAAGGUAAGGAUAGAUUAUGGUAGGGUGGUGUAAAGUUGAAUAGGGUACAUUAUGCCAGAAAAAGGUGGACUAGAAUAAGGUACAGAAGGCUUGAGUUGGGUAGGGUAGUGAACAGUAAGGUAGGGUAAGGCAGACUACAAUAAGGCAAAGAAGGCUUAGACAGAGUAGGGUAGGCCUAGGUAUGGUAAAAUGAAAUAAGACAGAAAAGGCUUCGAUUGUGUAAGCUAGAGCAAGGUUUGGCUAAGAGAAGCUAGAAAAAGUGUUUUAAACAAAAAAAAAUAAGCCUAAAAGUCCAAAAAUAAGCCUAAAAGCCCAAAAUAAGCUUGAAAGCCCAAAAUUAAGCCUAAAAUGCAGAAAUAAGCCUAAAGAUACAAAAAAAGAAAGAAAUAUAAGAAUAAGCCUAAAGUUCUCAACAUAAGCCUGUAAAUCCAGAAAUAAGACUAAGAAGCUAAAUAUCAGCUUAAAAAUAUCAAAAUAAGCCUAAGAGUAGAAAAACUAAGACUAAAAAGCCGAAUAUGCUCAAUAAUUCAAAAUUAAGCCUAUAAAUUUAAAAAGAAGCCUUAACACAAUAAAUUAAGCCUAAAAUCCUGAAGACGUCAUAAGAAUUCAAAAUUUAACCUAGGAACAUAAAAUAAGCCUAAACACCCCACCGCAGACCGUGCCAAAGCCUAUAGAACAGCGCAAGGCUACAAACCAAGCCUAAGCCAACAAACCACUUCUAAGCCUACAGGCCAAGACUGAGUUUACAAACCAACGCCUGAACUAAAAACCAAUCCUAACCCUAAACUUCUUUUCAGACUGGCGCCCAAUGGACGAAAACGGCCGAAACUACUACUACAACAACAUCAAAGCCAUCGGAAAGCCAAGUAACUACACAAUAGUCCAAAAGCCUCACUUUGUCGCCGGCCAGAUCUUUGACGAACCUGCCAUCGACUUUUGGUGGAGAGACCUAGCUCACAUACAUACCCAUAAAGAAGACCAUGACAAACCUCAUCCACCCCCUCCACCACCACCCCACCCAGACGACAUUCGAGGCGUGCCUUUGUGGAUUUUCAUUACUGUCAUCAUUAUUACCAUCAUAUUGGCUAUGUCAUUGUUUGUUGUCAUUGGAGUGCCGAUUAUUUGGAAGACUAGACAGUCUAACAAACAUUGA